GAGAUGUUCAUCUGAAAGUGCUGCUAAUCAAACAUGGCGUCCGUUUAUAUUGCGAAUGCUUUGGUUGCAAUGUUUUUGGCUUUAUACGGAGCGACACUUGGACAAGGACAGGAAUCAAACAGUCGAGCAUGUGCCUUUGACAAGCAAUGUAUUUGUUCUGGGACACGAGUGAUUUGCAAAAAUCGCCAACUUCGUUCAAUACCUCAGGGGAUUCCAUUGGGGACUACUGUAUUGUGAGUAUUCAUACUUUUAUGAUGUUCUCUGAAUAGUUAGACAGACUGUUCUCCCACUUGUCACUUUUGUAAAUACGUAGUCACUCCUAACGAAUGUUUCUUUAGAGAUCUCGUGUUUAUCGGUUUUGAUAAGAUAUUUCGGGGAACCCUUUAUCUAAAAGGUGAAUACUCAUCUACAAAUGGCACUUUUUGAACUGAGAUCCACUGAGAUCUACCGGUGUCACCUUACAACCAACAUUCACGCCGAACGAAACUGGCUUUUAAUUCCAGCCGUAUAACAAUCAAACUCAUGUGAUCAUAAAGAAAGGGCUUAAACGUCGGUUGCAUUGAGGGUUUAUAUUCUUUACAAUUAGCUAAAAAGAUCAAUUGCUUCGCAAUUCGAACGAGACUUGGAGCGAAAUUCAACACUCAUGUUUAUAUACUCACGUCAUGUUGAAUAAUGCGACAAGUUUUUGGUGGUAAUGCUGAAUGUGAGCUGCUCUCUAGUUAAAAACACGCUAAGCAUCUGCAAAAGAGGUUUAGUUGUCAGUUUUGAAGGCGAAAUGAUUCCUUUCCUGGCGCUUUAAUAGUGUAAACAAGUCACAUAUUGCCAGCGAAUUACUCACGAUAUGCUCUUCCACACGCUUAUGUGUCAACCAUGGCAUUUCUUGAAUUGGUUUUCCUCUUUAGUGAUGUUUUCUUUGCUAAACAAAUAACCAGACCCUUAACGAACUGUGAAUUUGAUAUUUCUUUCAGUACGUGCAAAAUAAAUUAUGGUUUCGCACAUUCGAAGAAGUUUAUUUUAUGCACAUAGCUUGGGGAGGAAAGGAAUCCUUGUUUGCAUUAUUUCGCGGCAUAUUGACAUAAGAAAAUGUGUAUUCUGCAAAGAGUUUUCGUGUCUUUUUUUUUUCCAGUUACUAGGCAGUCACUACAAGUAGCGUGCUCUCUUUCAGCCGGUGGUGGUCGUGAGAAUCCUUUUCUUUGAUAUUCAAACCGUAAACUCCGUGUUCCCUCGUUUACCUUUUGGUUUAUCUAGUUGAGCCUGGAAAUUAUCAAUCCGAAACGAAGAUGUAUGCUUUGCUUUUUGGUGAAGGUUCAUGCCGAAAAUAAAUGCGCUUUUUUUAGAUUGGCUCAGUAUGUUCAUGGUUCAGUUGGUGAUCAAGGUAGAGCUUCCGAACAUGUCGAAAGGAAUUGUUCUGAAACCUGCCAAGCACACAAUUAUUUAGCCUGAAACAAAUUUAUUAAAUUAGUUCUUUUGUUUUUGUACGCUUUGCAUUGUUUUUGUUUGGCCUAAGAACGCUAUUCGUGGCUGCCGUAUUGUUCUUUUUUUGCGUGCAAAAUUCACUUGACAAUUAGGUUUUAAAACUCCUCAGACGUCCGCUUUAAUUUUUAAAACAAAUAAGGUAGAACGUUUAAUGUGUUUUUCGAUUUCGGCCGGGUGGCAACUAAAGGUCUUUUAUUAAUUUCCUACGUUUGCAUUUUUUUGGCUAUUUAACUAAGUCCCCCGCUGUUGUAUUUAUUCAAACUGCAUUUUGAAAAGAAAUUCUGAUUUGGGUAAUUUUUGUCGCGCGCCAACUGCACGCGAUUCGAAGCGAGUUAUAUUUCAAGGACUGGUGUUACGCGAUUCUAAGGUUAUUUUUCUAAAUCUUCUGUUUACAAAAAAUAUGAGAGUCCAGUGGAUAAUUAUAGCGGAGGAUUAAAAUGAAAAGAAAGGUUUCUUUUACCCCGAGGCAAGAAAACAACAUAUGCUAAUACUAAUAUGAACGUUUUCACCCCCUACUGAUGAAUUGGCGAGCAGCGCUUUUCACAAUUAUUAUGUUUUCCACUGGCAAUAAUUUUAAACGCAAAGAAAUUUUAUCAAAAAAUAUGCUUUAUGCUUUAUGCUUCGUGAAUCAGGUAUCUUUAACCAGGAAAAAACUAAGAGAUUAGCUCUCUUGCACGGUUCAAGAACAUUGACUCCUUAUCUUUUUUAUGAGAUUUUAGGAAUUUUAAUUCCAUGUGUUGUUAAUUAACUUAAGAAACCUGAAAACGUAAGGAUAGAAAUGAAAUACAAGGUUGUGCAUUGAAGAUUUUGUGCGAAUUUGAGAACAUGUAAUUCUUGGCAAAGACUUGUAUUUGUAAUCAACUGUUUCUGCUAAGUUUUUGUCUGUGAUCUAUCAACUAAACUCCUAGUAACAAUGUUUCUGUUUUGCGUUGUAUAUAUGAUUGUCAUGUUUUGAUUUCGAGAGGAGAUUUAAUGCGAUGAAGGUUUUUAUCUCCAAAACUAAAUGAAUUUUCUAAUAUAAUCAAAGAAAACUGUUUUGCCUUGUCAUUUUUACAUCAGCUGUUUUUUUCUCUUAGAAGUUGAGAGAUAUUUAUUUUGAUAUUUGCCCAAAAUGAUUGGUCACACACAUUUAAAGUAAUUGCUCACUAUGAAAGAGGUUGACAUGCACGAUGUUUGUCAAAUUGUAAUCAAUCAGAUAUUUGUCUCAUAAGACUCUGCCACAAGCACUUUUAUGCAGUAAUUUCUCAGUUUGCAGGCUUAUGGGCAAGGCAUUAUUGUCAUGUGAUACUAUAAAAUAAUGCUCUUAUUUUCCUUGGGUGGAUCAAGAUUAAACAAGCUUUUCACAUAAUCCUUUGCAUCCUAAGCGUGCCAAUGCACAAAUGUGAAAACAUUCCCUACAUUUCCACUUGCCUACAGCGUAACAUUAAUAUGCUGUUGCGAAUUGUUCAUUCGCACCAAGUAAACAGACAGAAGAGUUUGUAAAUGGACACAUUUCAGAUUGUGAUACAUGCCGUGCCUCUUGAACCAACUUUAUGACAAGUCAAGCCUUGUUUGUUAGAUUUGACAGCUUCAGUUUUUUGUCAGUUGUAAUGCUUCUCAAUAUUUAUUUGGCUUCUUCAUGAACCCCAAGCUUAAGCCCUAUUUUGUACAGACUGUUUAGAAAGAGUAACCUGAGUGCCAUAAAACAAAAAUGAAUUAGAAAAACAGUCAUAAACAAUUUUGUCACCAAGCCUGUCAUUAAUUUAUUUUAACAUAGGUGGUGAUAUCCAGAAAAUAGCAAAUGAAAUUAUUUUGUUUGUGGUAGUAUCGGAUGAGUGUUUUAUUAUUCUACAAUUAAACUACAUGUAGCUGUAGAUGUAACAUUAUAAAAGCUACAGAAAGUCAGGAGCGCUUCUCAUUUUAUUAACAUCACUAGUAUUAUACACGUAAAUUCUGUUAGAUUUGGUGGAAAUAUUAAACGUUUGUCAUAUAAGCAGUUCUAGAUUAAAGAGAAAAUGUCUAAUAUUCAGUUUGUCAAUAUUUAUAGUUGGUACAUAUGCAACAUACUUAAUGGACAGUGUAUGAUGAAAUAGUUUUAACUAGCACCAGCUUUAACUAACAGGUUGGAUCAGAGGUACAGGGUAGGGUUGAGGGAGUUUAAUGUGCAUUGAUUCUCCUCCCAGUGAGAGGGUGCACAAAUAAAAUAGCUGGUAAUGAAGCCUACUGCCCAGGGUGCCAUAAUUUUUGGACUCAUGGUAUACUCUGUGUCUCUGGUGGUUAGGUGUAUUCCCAGUCUAAUAUCAUGCUCUACCACUGUAAUAUUUACAUUAUUUUUGUAAUGUAAUUAUUUCAAAAGAACUUGUACAUUUAAUAUAACUUAGCAUAGAAUGGUUGAAUAACACAAAGCAGAUAAUCAAUGCAAGCGUUAAAUCCAUGUAACCCCCUUACCAUUUAGCUGCCAAAGAAAUGUACUCCACAUUUUAAUUUGAAGCAGUACUUAAGCAUUGUGCUUAUGAUUAGGCUGCUGUAGAAGAGGCUUCUUAGUUUGAGGCUCUGCACAAUCAAAUUAGGUGCUGUAACCUGUCAAAUGCAAGUUUCUGGCAUGAUGACCAAUACUUUACUGUGGUAUUGUUUGUUUUUUUUCUUCUUUUGAAAACAGUUUGGAGGAAUGUUUCUUUUUGGAAACUUAGUUGGUUUUUUAUUUUAAGUUUGAAUACUUUUGUGAGAAACAGACAGGAAAUGUGUUCUUGAGUUUUGGUAAAUGUUAAGUUGCACAGGGGAAAGUAAGGUUCAAGAAAGUGAAAGAAAUCAUGUGAUGAAAAUGAAGGACUUGAUCUCAUAAUAUGAGAAACACUUUUUUAAAUACACUGUUCCUAAGGCUUUAUUGUUCAACAGUGGCUAAGAACAAUAUCAUUCAUCGAAUUCUCUGUUAUUUUCAAAUAUAUUAAUUUUAAUGUAUAGCAAGUCCAACUGCAAAACGUGCACAUAUACUGGAAAAGAAAAGCUCUGACUCACACAAAUGUGUAUGUGCAUGCUUUUCUCUAUUAUUUAACCCUUAAAUCAGUGAACUUAAUUAAAGAUAAAAAUGCCUUGGGUUUUUCUAUUAUUAUAUUUAUGCCACGUUGGGGAAGACACAAAGGCUGUUGGCUCAAUUUUUGACUUCAAAAACACACAGUUCUUUCUUUAAAAACAGAUCUUAUGAAAACUUGUUUUACUGACGUGAUUUUCUUUCGAAUGUAGUGUUGAAAUUUAGUAUAAACUGGACUUCAGUUACACUGAACAAGACUAAGAUUAAUUUACCAAGAAUUGGCUAGAGUUCAAGCUCUUACUAUUUUUUUGGCCUCAUUAUUCUUAAGUACUCUCAGAGACUCUCAUUCAAUUUCACCUGCCCUCAUAAUCCUGAAUCUUUGCCAAAAAUUGUUUGAAAAUAAUGAUAAUAAUAAUAAUAGGAAUAAAAAUAAUGAUGAUGUAACAUACAUGUAGUAGCCACAUAUUUGAAAAACUCAGCGAGACUCUAGGAGAGUCCUGUGCUGUCAACCCUGCACUCUGCCAUUUGACACCUCUUGCUGGUCAAUUCAUAAAAAAGAAUUUCAAUAAUGCAGUUAUCGAGUUACUACUUUGGUCAUAAAAGUACGUUCAUUUUAAUGAUUCAGUCUUCAUUUUUGAAUUCACAUAUUUAUGAAGCAAUUUUGAAUGGAAAUAAAAAUCAAUAACACAUGUAUUGUUAGUAGAGGUUAUUGUACAUGUUCUACUGUUAAUAAAACACAUUAGAUCUGAUGAGAGUUUUGAUAUGUUUCAUCCUUAGCAGUGGCUACAAUGUAGUCAUUCCUUAAAAGUGACAGUUUGAUAUGGAUAUGUUAGUAGUGUUUUCAACUUUUCUUGUUUUCCAUUCACCAGAGAUCUAAGCAAUAAUGAAUUGAGUACUUUGGAUGUGGCAAAACUGUCAAGACUUACAAAUCUCCAAGAACUGUAAGUACACUAGACGACAGUUAUCUGGAAACUUGCAUAUAGUCCAGUGGUUUUGUUACCACUGCGUCCUGUGUCCCUGAUGCAUAAAGAUCCCCAAAGACAUAAAAUAGUUCAUAGCAUGUGUCCCACAGGACGCAAAGAUUGAUCAAUUUGAACUAGUUUUUUUGGUAGAAUAACCUGUUUGUGUGACUUCUGUGGCUGUUGUUUAAAGAUGCAUAUUUAUUUUAGUCUUUUUUGUGCUUUAAAUAUGUAGAAGGACUGUAUUUUAAUUUCAGUUAACUGUAAUAAAGAGUUUUGGCAUCUGUCUCCAGAUUAACUGUCUGGUUAGAUAAAGGCCCAAGCAUGACUCCUGCUUUUUUUUAAACUUUUUCACUGGUUAUGGACUUGGAAUCGUGUCCUAGUCCUGGAACUCACCAUAACUAUUUGUAAGAAAAUCACUGGGUCUGUAUCUCAAAUCCCUCACUUCUAAAAUAUCUUUUAAUAAGUCCCCUGCGUACUAUUUACAACCUUCUUGGUGAAUUAUUGGGGGGAUAUAUUCCUACUGUCCAUAGUAACAGAAACUGAGUUUCUUCAAUCCAAGAAUCAUUAAACCCACUAUUACUUUGAAACCAUGGUUGCAUUCUAUCUGAAUGCAAGAUGUCUGUGAAAAUGUUUUGUGGGACUUGGACUAUCAAAAUACAUGUGAGGUUGGUGGAUUAGAGGCCUUUUUAUAUUGCAGUGUCUGCAAUCCAAUAUUAACCAGGUGAUGAACUAAAAGACAAGUUUGAACCACAAGAAAUACAAAGAGACCUGUAAAGUAUAUUCUUAAGGAUGUUUUUUUCACAGAUUUGUAACUCAGUUUGCCUGACUGCUAUAAUUUUUUAUGUCUUUCAGUCUACUACAUGAAAAUCAGCUUGUGGCAGUACCCCCUUGGCAGUCUCUUUCCUCGUCACUGACUCGGUUGUCUUUGUAAGUAAUAUUAGCUUUAACUCUGUUACAUACUGAAAAAGUAAGUGAGAAAUCACAUAUUUGCUUCAUUUCAUUUGCAGUUGACAUACUAAAAUUUAUUCAUACAUUCAUUUUCACAAAUUCAUGGUAGGAGUUUCUUCCAGCAGCAUGUUGUGUGUCAUAGUUAAUUUCCAUUAAUUGCCAUUAAUCAGUCUUUCAAUUUGUGUUUUCAUAUUUUAAAACCUUCAUGAAGUAUUUAGCUUUUUUCAGAACAAAUAGUGUUGUUGUUGUUGUUGUUGUUUCUAUUUUUUGUAGGUAUCUACCUUUAAGCAAAGUAAUUUGUGCAAUUAAAUACCCAUUAAUAUUUCUAAUUUUUUUAACUGUGGAAGCAAACCUUGUGAAACUUUUCUACAUGAAUUACUGUUUUCCUACUAUCAUUAUUUAGCUAGCCUAAUACAUGCAGGUUUGUCUGGUUUGUCUUUCACAUAAAUCAAGAAAGAGAGGAACUGGGUAAAAAAUACUUAGAAGCUCAACACAAUUCAGAAGCCCCUAACCUGGGACAAGUAACUCACUUGUGCUCCAGCAAUGACAUUUCACAGACCAGUAUAUUUUAGAUCAAUUUUACCACAUUUUGACUAUCAAAAUAAGACUUACAAAUCAGUCAGUCAUGAAUCGUGGGACCGGGAAAUAAUAUCUCUCAUGUUUUAAUGACAUUUGCUUUCUUUCUUUUUCCCAUAUAUCAUACUAGAGAUGUGCAUAAAUAAAGAGCAUUGCUUCCUUUUUCACUGGAAAAUUGCUCCAAAAUGAUGCUUAAAAUAAACUGAUUUGUGAAAAAGCCAAGUAUGGGAGUUGCAUGCUCCAGAUUAUGGGCUCCUCCCUUAAAAAGAAUGUGUGCCCAAACUUAUGCAAUUUUUUUCACUGUUUUUGCAGGCAUCACAAUAAAAUCACUUCCAUCCCCUCGGCAAAUGUCACAAAACCAAUGUCACUUCAGUACCUGUAAGUAUUCUAAUCUUGUGAAACAUGCACAUGGUUUUAUUGCUCCCUUGAAUGAGUACACUUAUCAUAUUUUAUUUUCCUCAACUUUCAGGCUUUUAAACAGCAAUCGCAUUUCAAGCAUUGGAGAAAAUGCUUUUGCUGGUCUUACUUCAAUCCAUACUUUGUAAGUUACUUUGUUACUAGAACUGCCUGAAAUUGUAGCUAGUGCGGGUAUUCAUAGUGUAAUUCAUAGAAUGAAUAAAUGUUGUUUAAUUACCAAUAGAAUGUCUAUAGUUCAAACUGCAGUCAGUUUUUUAAGUGUUCUGCCCUAUGGUCAAACUAGCCCAAUAUUACAGCUUCUUGGAAGUUACCAAAACUUUUCAUGUUCUCUGUCUUAUGCAAAUAUUGACUUAUCGCCAGGAAGGAAGGAUGCUGAAACAAAUUUUUGGGAACAGAAAACUCUGCCCACUGCAUGUUUACUGAAGAAAUACAGUGUAAUAUCCCUUAGUUUAAUUGUAGUAGAUUUUUCGAGCAAUGUGUUUCCUGUUUGUUUUGUGUCAGGAAGCUGAGUAGGAACCGGCUAACAUCUGUUCCUGUUGAUGCAUUAAGCCAUUUGACCUUCUUAAAAAAACUGUAAGUAGCUUUGAAAGAGACUUAUUUAAGCCAGUUAUGGUUUAUUUUAUGCCCCUAUCUCAUCCAUACAUUUGCUCUUAGAAUAAAGCAUGUGACAGGUGAUUGUUUUGUUUACACAGGGAUCUAACAAAAAAUUUAAUCAGGGUCAUCAGCUCCCAACCUCCUCUGAAGAAUCUAAAGUCUGUUUUAAUACUGUAAGUUGAUAUUUUAUUAUUGCUGAUGCCAUUUUGUUUUAUUUUUUCUCUCCUGAGCCAAUUUAUUUAUUGUCAUCAAUAGUUUCGAUACACGAACAUGAAACUUUUAAAAGUGUAAUACUUUGUUUUGAGAAUUAGCUCUCUGUGUUAUUAACAAGUCGGCCUCAUGAUUUAUUGCAAGAAACGCAGGGUUGCAGCUUUAAGUGUUACUUGUAGCUUAAUCAUGCAGUUGCUUAGUAAUAGUCAAAGGACAAAGGAUUUGGCUACAGAAUUAUCUGAAUUUUCAGAAAAAACCAAUCAUUUUGAUGAUGGAAUGACUUGUAUACCUUUUCAAGUCAUAGUUCCAAAAGGGUUUUUUUUUCUUGAGGUAGAAAAAAACUGAUUGCAAAUUUGGAGGAUUUGGAAAUUUUUUCUUUCAGUUCACCCACUGUUCUUAGAAUCAAAAUAGUGCCUUAAUGUAAAGUUAAUGUUACAUACCUUGGACAUAGAAGCUGUGUGUCAGUUGAAGAGUUUAGAGGCAUCUUUUUUCAAGGAUGAGUAUGCUUGUUAUAGUGAACAACCCAUGUUCCACAACUUACAACUGUAAACUCAGUAGGUGGAUGUACAUUCUUGUUACAGAAAGCUUUCAAAGAAUAAAAUCAGAACAGUCAAUCAGCAUGCCUUCUGGGGAAUGGGCAAUCUUCGAGAACUGUGAGUAAAGCUGGAAAAGUAAUUAUCUCCAAAAAGAAUGUUAACGAUAACUGUACAGUAGACUGUAGCCACAUGGAAGUGAGGCAUAACAGCAUACAAUAGUUAAAGAACAACUCAUUUACAGUGCUCCAAGCUGCGACCAGUUUGGUCACCAUGGCGAGUAAAAAAAUAUAUUGGCGACUAUACUUGCAGCAAAAGACGUCAAUUUAGCAACCUGUGGUUGGCGGUCAUGUACGUGGAAAAGCUUUAUGCAAAACACACAAAAAUGAAGUACCAGUAAUUAAUGUAGUCAGCGGUAUAACCUUUCGUGUAAAAUUUUACCAAGCAUCAUUUUUUAUUUUUAAUGGCGAUCAAUAUUUUAUGUCUGGCAGCCAUUUUAAAACUUUAAGUGGCCACAAGGCGACUUUGAAAAAAAUUGAGCUUGGAGCACUGAUUUACAUUUCAGGAGAAGGUUUGAGUAUUGAGCCCAUUGUAGCGUCAAUGCCUUUAUAUGGCCAUUAUUGUCAUGCAAAGUUAACUGCAUUGCUCACUUUUCAAAAGUAAAAGAAAACACCCGGUCUCCCUUUUCAGUGUACAUCCCAUACUUGUUUGUUUGCAUUUGUUAUUUCUUCAGUUCUAUUGUUGAAUCCUAGAGUAAUUAUUUAACAAAAAUAUUCCUCGAGCCCAAAUGGGCUCUGAGUCAAUUCGGCCUCAUGGGCUAUUGACUCAGGGGCCAUGAGGGCGAGAGUAAUAAUUGUUUUAGUAAAAUCCAACUAGUUGGUCAUAAAUAUCGCGACAAAACAACUUGAGCUAGCAAAACGUGUUUUAGCGGCCAUUGUUUUGGUUUUCAAAGCCGGCACUUUUCGCUACUAGUGGGCUAUAACAUAUAGCCUAGUAGUAGCUCAACCAAUCAGAACGCAGCAUUGAUAAUAGACCAUAGACCACUAGUUGGAUUUUGCAAAUAUAUAUUUUUAUUGUUGUAUGGUUUUCGAAGUUCUACUUUCUGACAUACAGAAACGAUCAUUAGUACCUUAUAGCUUUUAAUAAACUAACCCAAUGUUAACUGUUUCAACCUGUUUUCCUCUCAACUGAGUGAGGGGAGAUUCUCACCUCUUGUAGCCUGCAAGCAUUAGCUCCAUAAACUCAGGGGAGAGUGCUCACAGACUUCAUCUUUUAAAUUGUUGUUUGUUUAGCUAGUGCUAACUUGCUGUGAUUUUCUAAAUUCAUAUUCUCUUAGCUAUCUGGACAACAACAAUUUAACAUCUGUCUCAACAUCAUGGUUCUUUGGAGUUUCAAAUCUUCAAAAGCUGUAAGUAUGCUCAGCUGAUGUUGGAUUUGAUAAAUGCUUGCUUGCUUAUUAUAUUUGUAUAAUUUUUUUUUAUUAUUCAAUCACUUGUUAUAUGUUUCAGAUCUCUAAACAACAAUCGUAUCAAUAAGAUUAUCAUCCACCAAGCAGCUUUGGACUGGAGACUUGUUCUAAGGCUUGUGGACCUGUAAGGAAUUUGUUCCGGAUUUCUUUUUUAAUCUCAAUUAAUAUUACAGUCAAGUUUUUAAUCCCAAUUCAUCUUUUUUGUGGAAUAAUAACCAGGAGGCAACAACAAUGUUGCAAAAGCCACUAAUAGAAAUUUCAGUUACUCAAGUGUGUAAGCCCACGUGCUUAUUAAAAACGCUUGAUAAUUACUUUUCCUUUUUAAGAACACAGGUUUAAGUACUACCCUGAAUACAACCACUUCGUUAAUAGGACAAUAAGAAGGCUUAUUGUACUUUCGCCUAAACUCAGUAGCCCUUAGUUAUUUUCUUUCCCAAAAACUUUGUUAAUUCAAUCACCAUGUUAUUAUGCUCAGAAUUUCAUGUGUGACGUAAAUGUAUUCGCAUUAGUUAAGUCCGUAGUUGCAUUGUACAUGUUUAAAAGUACUUAGCACUUUUCCAAAGCUUCACCUUCUUAUUUGUCGUUUUUUUAUCCUUUGUUACAGUAAUCUGGCCAAGAAUGAGCUUUCUCUCAUUGAUUCAACCACAUUCGCGCAUCUGUCAAACUUGCAGAGGCUGUGAGUACUAUCUGAAUGAUAAACGUUAAAUACUUUAUUUAUGCCAUCACCAAGUCUUUCGUUAAGUUUUGUUACUUGUGACAGAAAUUCCCCAUCAGAUAUCCGUCCCUUUGAAUGUCUCGAAUCUCUCCAAAUUUCCCAAAUAUUUCUCAACUGCGUAAAAACAUUCCACAUAAAUAAGUAUUUUUGACACGCACAAAAAACAGCCCCGUCUUAUAUUCAAGAUUCAUUUACUGUGUACACUCAUUUAUCUUGUAUUGUGUUUGCAGUUACCUUGGCAGCAACAGUAUUUAUCAUAUGGCAGAGGGAGCAUUUUCUGACUUGAAUUCACUUGAGAUGCUGUGAGUUGUGAUAUUUUUGUUUUGCGAUAUAUAUUGUCCUUGUUCGUUGAGGCAGAUAACGGUGAAUAAUUGUAGGUGUGUAUCCUGUAGCUUAUCUCUUAUCCUAAUUGUAACACCUUUAGUCUAACCGGACCGCACUUGAAAUUCAACCCAACGCAAAGAACAUGCAGUUUACCAGCUGCUCGAGAAUCAGUAAAUUAAUUGGUCUAUCUGGGCGUAGCUUCAUACCGCAGCUUUCUUAAAAACUAAAUCACUGCUGACGUUGGAAGUAACCUCGUUUCCAGAAUCGUUCUCUUGUCACCUGUGUGACACUGUGUCAUUUCUCCUGAGGAUGACGUCAUUUACGAAGGAAAUAGACCGGGAACUUGUUUGUUUUGUUUUGCAAGGUCCCAAAUGAGUGCGAUUCUGUCAAUUGGGCUAAAGACGGAAAUUCAAUGACUGACUAUUUUGAAUGAAAUCUCGUCUAUUUAAAGCCCAGCGAAAAGCGAAAAACAAAUGAGUGAACAAUGGAAGAAAAGGGUGGCGCACGUCCAACAGCGGGAAGAAAAAUAAAAUUGAAAACUUUCUCUGUUCUCGCUCGCUUUGUGCGCGUGCACGAGAACAAGAGGUUGUUAUUUUUUUAACUGUACACAAAAUCAGGUUAGUUCGCGAGUUACAAUUAAAGCUGUGGAAAGUUUUGGUUCUUUUUGUCCAAACACCACGGCUUGAAAAUUUGCGUUAAGUGUAGGGAUCAGUUGGUUUAGCAUUUAACGGCAACUUUUAAGAUCCCUUCCAAUGGAAUAACCUUAACAUGUGCGGCGUUGUUUUUUUAUUGUCAGAGACCUGAGUAAUAAUGCGCUUUCAUCAACAUUGGAGGGAACAAAUGGCGUGUUCUCUGGACUAGCCAAAUUAAUUAUGCUGUAAGUAUUAGAUGGAGUAACGUCAUUUUUACACAUCCAGGUUAACCUGGGUGGGGAGGCGGAAUGACAUUUAAUUGCUGGUAAUGGAAAGUUAUGAAAAAUUGAACUUAUGUUUGGUAGAUAAGUAAGUGCAGAUGUCAAUGCGAGGACAAAGUACAAUAGAGACAAGUAAUUAAACAGCACGAUCGAACGGCACGCGUGUUGGUGGACAUCAGAGUUUGUGUCUGUUGAACCGAGUUAGGGGAAAAAAUACCGGAAGACAAGGAUAGUUUUGAAACUUUCUUAGGUGACAGCGAAAUUUGAGGUCGACGAAAACUUGAAAAGUUCAUGGAAAAAGUCAUGGAAUUUGAAAACUCAAAAAAGUGCGAACCGUGUGGGAAAUAAAAGACGAAUUUUUUUGGCUGAAAGUUAAAAGCAGUAUAUUUUCUUUCUUUAGGAGACUAGAUGGUAAUCGUAUCACGUGGAUAGCUAAAAACGCAUUUACUGGUCUUAAUGCAGUCACAAGUUUGUAAGUAUAUUGAUAGCUAAAAGCAAGGAAUACUAGAAGAUUUUUUUACUUAAACGAGCAGUCCGUUAAGUAGCAAACGUCCUUCUACGGAAAGGUGAUCCCAAUCCUAACUGUGUUGUGUAUGAGCCAGUUUAAAGAAUUUGAAGAAAAUGAAAAAUGUGUUGAAAACAGAAUCAAACAAGCAAUCUGAGUUCACUGAAGUUUUGAAUGUUCCUGCUUAUAAUAUACGUUCACUUGUCACUCUUUUUGUGUACAAUUAAUGGAAAUGAAAUUUCUACCGGCUUUCUCAAGUAAAAGUUAUAUUUCCUCGCCAAUUGAAAUGACCAUACUCUGGGUAGACAAAAGUUUCUUUACAGUAUUUAUUGUAGUAAAAGGUUUAUGUAAAGUAUAAUCCUCCAUCCUCUCAGGUAGGGUAAGAAUUAUCGUCAACACGCAAAUACGUCGCAUGUUAAAUUCUAAAAAAAUUGCUUUGUUGCUUUGAUAGAAACCUGUCUGCAAAUAUAAUCACAUCUAUUGAAGAGAAUGCGUUCAUGACGAUGACCGAACUUAAAUAUCUGUAAGUAGGAUUUUGACCUGUUACAUCAUGAGUAGUGGCGCUUUUUUGAUAUUUUAAGAAAACUAAGAAUGCUUAAGAUCUUUAUCAUGUUAGACAAGCUGGAAAUGUUGCUGGCAGUGAAGUUUGUUUUUCACACACUCUUUUUAGAGGUGAUUUAUCGUGAUUUUGUCAUUCCUUUUUUCAGUUAUCUUAACACAACUCAACUUGUAUGUAACUGUAAACUCAGUUGGCUUCCUGCAUGGCUUGUUGGUCAGGAAUUCAAAGAUUACGUCCAUGCUGUGUGUUUACAUCCAACACAUCUAGAGAGAAGAAGCAUUUUUAACCUUACGUCUUCAGACUUUAUCUGUGGUAAGAAAUAUUACCAGUUCUGCUGUUCAGGUUAAUUUAACUUCGUAAUAAGAUUACUUCCUCUUUAUCUUGUUAAGGUGAUGUUACGCGGGACGAUUUGCAGCGACGAUUUUUAGCGCAACGCAGCAUUACAACAUUGUUGCGACAUUGUUUCGAAUGGUUGCAACAUUGUUCCAACAUUGCUACACUGUGUUGCGUCGUUGCGAGUCGUCUCGUGUAACAUCUCCUUUACUUCCUAUUCGGCCGCACAUAAGGCCUUACCAACCCCCGCUUCAACUCUCACGUUCCGCCGCGUUUUUUCAUGUGAUCCCAUGAAUCCAACAAGCAUCUCUUUCUUCAUCGCACUUUUCUCCUUAAAGUUAUUUCCCGGAAGUCACCAGUGGUUUAGUCAGCUGUCGAGCGUUUCUAUUGCUUGUCCAUCUAAUAUAAGGUGCGAUCGCUUUUCCUGGCUGUUAUGCAAGGUUUCUCAGUUGAGAAAAAGGGUUUGUCACUUUGCUUCUAAGCCUGCAAAAGGAGGGUUUGUUCUUUGUCAGGCCCCUACCCCGGCCUCGAUCGGUCCGGUAAAGUAAGACUUCCAUAGUAAGGUGACCGCUCUAGGUGAAGGGAAAACCACUUGAUAAAGUUAGAUCUCGACUUUGACUUACUCGCUUUAUCUUUCAUAGAUAUAAAUGACUCCCAACCGGCGAUAAUACAACAUCCCGAAGAUCAAAAAGUUCUGUUGGGUAAGAACGUGACCUUGCGGUGCGUUGUUACACACAAAAACCGUACAGUCAUAGUGUGGACUAAAGACAACAAACCGCUCAGUGGAGUCAAAGUCACAAACCGCGUCCAGGUAAAGUUGACUUACUGUGACUGGCUACCACCACAAUAACAUAACCUAACCAAUGGAAAACAUGUUGUUGUCCUUCGUCAUGGGGUGAUAGUUGAUGGGAGGAUUACGUUUAUCGUCCAGAGAAGCAACAGGAUACCAAAAACCAAUGCUCGACAGCACUUACCUAGAGAUAUCACGUGACUUGACAGCUUCGCUAUUCUACAACACGUGUACUGAUUACGUAACUACUAAGCCACUGUGCCGGCUGGCUUAUCCCACUAUAACUUAACUAUAUCGCACCUUUUCGUUUUGUUCUUUCUGAGCAGUCCAAGGAUGGCAGCUUGGCGACUUAUUCUAGCGAGCUGCGUCUGGUGGCCGUGACGGAAAAAGACGAUGGGUAUUACCAGUGUAAGGCCUCGCAUCAGUUUAACUCUGUCCCCUCCAAGAUGGCGCGGAUCACAGUGCUAGGUUAGUCUGUUCAUGGUUAUAUGAGAAUUAUAAACAGAAACGGAAAACUCUUGAGUGGUAGGUAGUUUGAAAUCCAUCACACAGUAUGCAGACGGUCUAUUACUGAUAUAACGUGUCUUGCUUAUUAUCUUUAUGUUGCAACACGUUUUGCUUAGACGUGUAGAGCUGAAGCGUCCCUCCCUCUUUACUCUAACGCGGCACGUGUUGUGCCCUGGGAAGGACGGUCUCCUUCCCAUAACGCCCUGCGCUGCCUGUUGUCCGUGCAAUGGACACCUGGGGACGAGACAGUUUGUGAAGGCUGUCCAUAGGUAGAAUUAAGAGAAAAGAAAGCCAUCAUAAUGCUUUUGUGUAAAUGUACGUAUUUUUGUGUAUUUUUUAUCACUUAACUAACAUGCACAUGUUUAUAUAUAUAUAUUUAUUUAUUUUUAUUGCCAGUGUUCCCCAAACUGACAGUGAAACCGUCCGAUGUAACAGUUGAGGUUGGCCAGGACUUUCGACUUCAGUGUAGAGCACAGGGACACCCAGAACCACAGAUAAAAUGGCAGGGCUUAGAACGAAUGGGCAUGGAUAGAAGGAUAGGACUUGUACAAGCUGACAAAGUUAUUGUUAUCCAGAACGCUACAGCCAGUGACAGUGGAAAAUAUACUUGCAUUGCCUCUAACGAGGCUGGUUCAGUGAAUGCCUCUGCAUUUGUUACUGUGCUAGGUAAGGUAACCUAAGAUACAUUGAGCUGAGAAAUAAGUUUUAAAGGGGCUGUGUCACGGCAGUCCAGUUCAUUUUGUUUAAUUUUGCCAAUUACUCGCCCUCAAUCGCUAUAGAACUUAAAGUAAGCAAAGAAAUUACAUGUAAAUGACAAAAUCAGAGAUCCGUGACAAACAAAUAUGUCUCCUCAUCAUUAUUUUUGAGGCUGCAAGCAGCAGGGAUUAACUAUGAAAAACUGUUAGGCUGAACAGUUUUCAAAAACCCUAAUUUCAGUCCGUUUCAAUCUUCUUCAGUUUUGCCCAUCCGUGGCAUCUGUUGUUUCUGUUAUGUUAUUUUAACCUUCCUUUAAAGUUUUAAGCGAUUAUUUUUAUGUUUCUCUUAAUUUAACGGGCAUUUUGUAAUUUCCUAAUUUGGCUGAAUUUCGUGACACAGGUCCUUUAAGUGUUGUUUUAAUAGCCGGGCUUUUCUUUCUCUGCAGAUAAACCUCAUUUGUAUCGAAGAACGAGAAGCGAGAUAACAGCGGCAGUGGGUGACAGUGCUGUCUUUGAAUGUUAUGCCAGUGGUGCUCCAAAGCCAGUUAUCUCGUGGUUUAAAGAUGAUACAAGAUUAAUGACAGGCAGUAAUAUUAUCAGUGCAGAGUCGGGACAGCUGCUUGUAAUACGUCAGUCGACAGAGAAUGAUGAGGGCAGUUACACUUGUGUUGCUACAAAUUCCCAGGGAAGGGAUAGUCAUACUGUUCAGCUGACUAUAAUAACAGGUAUGCUGCUCAAAAAUCGUUAGCCGGUACAAAUUGAGAAGCAGGCUUAUUGCGGUCACGUUUGCGUUCUCUUUUAUUAAAUGCAAACUCAUAAGAUCCUGUUAACUGUCCAACAAACUUACUUAAACGGCAGAGAAAUGGAUCGAGAUGUAAAACGCACUUGAAGAGCCUUCGUUUGUCUUUCCCGGCCAUUUUUCGCUGUGCAGCUCCCUACAGUGAAUCAAACAGUCAAAACCAGUCACUUAAGGAAAAACACAGAGUAAAUACUACCGGCCACACAGCUACACCUGCUUACUAUUAUUACUUUUUCCUUUAUUGGAAGCGUACUUUCAUUGCUGGAGGGGAUUAUCGUCCUCAUUUUAUACUCACUGUUUGAUUGUAUUUUUUGCUGUUUUCUUGCAGAAGAAUGUACCGGUGUUUCAGUAUCUGAAAAAGUGAACAAGUCGAAGUACGUGAAAUACGAUAAAAAGACAUUUUUAGGGAUCAUAGUUGUGGUGGUAGUGUCUUGUAUUGUGGUGACGUCAUUGGUGUGGUUGUUCAUUCAAUACAAUACCCUCUCGUGUGGUAAAAAGAGGGCACCCAAGAGGCGGAGUCAGUUUCCUUCACCAUUUGACGCUGAUUGUACAGACGAAUCUAAAGCGUUUCAACACGAAGACAUAAGUUACAUUCCUUUAAAGGUAUCAAGCUCAAGUAGUACUCAAACUAGCCGUGAAUCACCGCGCUCCACUGCUACCUUUCUGACGUCUUCGGAAUCAGCCCAAGGGCCUUGUAUAGUCCGCACUCUUGGCUCUAGCACAGAAAACGCGGCGUCAGGCACAGAAGAGAAGUCCACGACAGCUGAUAACGUUUCUUCAGAGAACUCACUGAAAGGGAGUCAUAGUUCUUUGACAUCUUCAUGUACUUCCGAUGCUUGCCAUCCAAGUUACCAGCAAGUUGUAACCUCAGCGGAGAUUCACGUGUCAGAUAGUGACUCAGAAAAACAAAAACCUUCUGUCACGUGUAGGAGACACAGUUCGCAUGGCGAAGAUCCAGGCGGAGGUGUUUGUGAAAUCAAACUUGAUAUUACUGAUAACACUCAUUGUGACGAACAGUCUUGUUUAUCAAAGAGACCGUUAUUAACAAACGAAAUUUCGCCGGAGGCGGUCAAUAGGGACGACAUGUGUGUGACAGUUUAUCCCUUAACGAACUCGGACACUUCUUGCGUCACAAAUGGAGUAGUAGACUCCUCUUCAGUGGAAACAUAGCGUCACGCGUCUUUUAUGCAUGUUAAAUCUCCACCUGCUCCCUCUAACACUUCGUGUAAAGAAGGAUAUUUGAAGGCUGGUUUUCACCAGCUCAUGAAAAUCGCGCACCACACGAGAAAAAUACCGAGUGUGAUUUCAGAUCUCUGCAAGUGUCUUUGCUGUCCUACGGCACUACGCUUAUUGCUAGCGCGGCCAGCCUUCAAUCAUGGUCAAAUCUCGCAAUAAUUGCAUAACUUCUCUGAAAUCCCUUGGUCAAAACGUUAAAAAUGAGUGCCGGGCUAACUUGCAAGUUUCUGUCGGUCAAUAAGAACCGCGGAAAGUGCUUAAAGAGGGUUCAACUUUUCAUUUAAGCCCGAGAAGAGAUGGCGGCUCUAAAACUAUUGUGCUCCUGUUCAAGUCAUGUUUUUUUAAAACUUAAGCAUUAGAUGUCAAUUUGCGAGAGUUUGUUAGUUUUGACAGGCCAUUUGAAAGAGGAUUUAGUAAUAUAUUAUAAAUAGUUAUUUGUUAAAUAUGUAAAUAGGUCGAAGUUCUCAGUCAUUCUGCAUAUAUUUACACCCUAAAUACUGUGAAACUCAUUGAUUACAGGAGGCACCAAAUGAUCUCAUUCAGUACCAAUCCACAAUGUAUGAGUUCAGGGAUAUCCUAUGUCCCAUCUCCAGGCUGGGCACGAAUACAGCACCUUAAAGUAACCAUAAGUUAUUUUCUUAAAGUAGAUGAUAUAUUCACGGAGCGUCCUUUAUACUGUAAGAGGCGAGUGCUCUAUGGCCAUUUAGUGUGGUUCCACUGUCUACUCUACUCUGUAUUGUGGAAAGAAAAUUCAACACUGAGAGUGUAUUGUGAUUGUCCCAAAAAAAUCCCUAUUGUUAAGACUUACAACAUCCAAUAAUGUCUGAAGGUAGUGACAAGUUUGGCAU